UGGAGGGGGUGGAUGGGAGGGAUGGGGUGGUAAGGGGAGUUGUGGGGGAGGGUGGCGUUGGAUGUCCACCUCGCUGUCCCCCUUACUCCUCGCCUAUCGGAUGCUUCGUUGGAUGUCCGCCUUACUCCUUGCCCUUGUCUUGAUCUCGCCCUCCUGUCGUCUUCGCCUCCCCGCCCUCUUGUCGUCUUCGCCUCCUUCCCCCCUUCUUCUCCUUACGUCCCGCUUCUUCGCCUCUCGGACGCUGCCCCCCUUCUUCCCUUCGCCCUUCGCCCCCCUCACCUCUCUCUCGCCUUCUUCCCUUCUUCCCCUCCCCCUCCCCCCUUCCCCCUAUACGCACCCCCCUAUCGGACGCUGAUGCCCCCCUCCCUAGCAAAUACCUCGCGCAUCUCACCGGGAAGCGGGAGUAUUAUGAGAAGGUCGAACACAUCAACGACGUCCUCCUCUACAACUCGUCCUACGCCGAUGG